GCAGCAGCGUCAUUGUGGACCCCGCCGCAGCAGCGGCUCAGCUUCCCGACAAGGGUCCGAUUGUCCCGCGGUCUUGUGUCCUGAUGCUUGAUGAGCAACCAAGAAGCUUCGUUUCCUAAAAGGCCACCUCAACAUCUUGAGAAUUAAUCAAUCCUUUUCGCUCACCUGCCAACACACAUUUACUGCGACAGAUUGCGCCAUCUUCCUCAGAGGCACAAAUUAUUCUACAGCAAUGGCUUUUUGAAUGCAAUCCCAUUUACGCUUGAUUUCAAAGCUAACAAGAUACCCUUUGAAGACUUACCCUGAACGAGACCAAAUCAUAAAUCCGCCGAGCUAUAUCCACCAGCUAGAAGCACGGGAACUCCCACUACAAAAGUGGCAAUUACAUCAACCCCUACGAGCGAGCGCCCGCCCCACUUUCCCCGGAUUCUGGACUUGCGCAUCACUGGCGUCGUCAACCCUAACCGCACCUAUUUUCCAUUUCGAUCGCAGUAGGCAUACAGGCUGCGCACAAUGGACGGACUCAUGGACAACAACGGGCGCUUCCCACUCGAGACGUGGUUCUGGGAAAUGCCUGUAUGCACAAGAUGGUGGACAACAGCAACAGUGUUAUGCGCCGGCCUGGUGCAAUGUCACCUCUUAACACCCUUCCAGCUCUUCUACAGCUACAGAGCGGUAUUCGUAAAAGCUCAAUACUGGCGCCUCCUCACAACCUUCCUCUACUUUGGCCCCUUCUCCAUGGACCUCCUCUUCCACGUCUAUUUCCAACAGCGCUACUCCCGCCUCCUCGAAGAGUCCUCCGGCCGAUCACCGGCGCACUUUAGCUGGCUGCUGUUUUACGCGAUGAGCAGUUUGCUGUUACUAUCACCCUUUAUAGGGAUGCCCUUUCUCGGACACCCGCUCUCGUCGACGCUGGUGUACAUCUGGUCGAGAAGGAACCCGGACACGCUGAUGAGCUUCCUGGGGGUGCUGGUGUUUAGGGCGCCAUAUCUGCCUUGGGUGUUGAUUGCCGUGAGCUAUGUGUUGCACGGCUUGAUCCCGAAGGAUGAGAUUUUGGGGGUGGUGAUUGGGCAUAUUUGGUACUUUUUUAAUGACGUGUACCCACCGCUGCAUAAUGGGAGCAAGCCGUUGGAUCCGCCGAUGUGGUGGAGGAGGUUGAUUGAGGGCCGCCCAAGAGAAGAAGAGACCAACGACGAGACUGCUAAUGGCGUGGAUAACGAGUUUGCUGUUGCUGGGGCUGGUCCGGAGGUGCCGGCGCCAGAUAUGCGAUGAGAUUGACAAGAAGGAUUUGGGGGAAGGGUUGUAUUUGCAUGACAGUACAUAGCGGUGGUCGGUUUCUCUGCGUCUAGUUCUUUACCAGCAUAUUUGAAACUGGCCACAGAUGCUUAGCAUGGGACAUUUUAUGGCGUUGGAGGUUACGGCAUCGGGACAACAGGUUGGAACCUGACGAAUCAACAGUCUGGACGCAAGUAGCGCUGAUAUAAUGAAAUAUUACUCGAGCGUUGCUAUCAAAUGCGUC